UGUCAUCGUUUAUCAUUUAGCAGUACAAUAAUAUCAAUAUCAAAUAGGAAUCCAAAAGGAAAGUCACGCAUAUUCUUUUGAACGGAAAAGGAGGACAUAUACAUGCGACAAAGCAGUAUGAAACGGGAUAAAUACAAAUACAGAGAGUCACACACCGAUUCCGAUCGACGAUAUCGAAAGAGCCAUGAACUUCCAGAGCGUAAAUCCUCUAAAUAUUCGACUGAACUUAUUCUCGGGCAAUUUAUUACCGAUGACCAGCUACGAUUCAUCUUUUCCAUUAUUAUGGAAGAUAUAUAGCGUCUUUGUGUGGAUGAUCGAACUGAUCAUAGGUGCCGUAUUAAUCCCGGGUUGCAUGUAUGUGUCAACGGAAAAGGUUCUGAAGGACGGCAUGAUUUGUUUCGCCGUCUUUAUAGAAAUGGCUUUCAUGAUCGCGCGAAUUCAUAUUCAUAAGGAUGUGGCGAAUCAAUUGAUUCGAAGACUGAAUGACAUUUUGCGCACUCCUCCGCUCAAUUUUUACUGGUCGGCCGGCGUGGCAUCGAUAAUAGCGUGGACUUGUAUACCGCUUGUAUUAGUAUUCGAGAAGAAUCUUUUCUACUACGAAGAUUACAGAAUACCUGCCGCUUUCUCGAGGCAGCCAUUUUCACUUGAAGUCUUUCUGCUGGGAAGCCUGUUCUUAAUGAUUAGUGCCGUAUAUAUGUUUUUAAAGAAAGUCGGUGUAGAUGUAUACAUGGUGCAUCUAGUGUUGAUGACAACGGCUCAAUAUCGAUAUAUUGCAGUGAAAAUUGCAAUGAUAUUUCAAGAAAAUGAUGAAAAUAAUAAAGAGCAUUCUUCUAAGUCAAAUCAAAGAAAAGAAAAGGAAAUUAUAAUGCUAUGUCGGCAUCACAACACUGUGAUUCAUAUAACUUCGUUGCUAAAAAAACUGCUAUCUUUGAACUUUAGUUUAAUUUACAUGAACAGCGUCUUUCGAUUUUGCUUCAUCGGUAUCAUGCUGAGCAUGAGUACGGAAAUGACAGAUAAGGCAUUUCACGAAGAUUGGCAUUUACUCAAACCAUCGAUAAAACGUAUGUUUAUUUUAAUAAUUAUGGCAAAUAAUUUAGAAUGCAAACUUGCAACGUUUGAAAAUUUCAAUCUUUCUCUACCUUCAUUUAUGGUGAUUUUAAAUCAAUCGUAUUCGAUUUCUCUUCUAUUUCUAAAAAUGAAAUAG